ACAGAUCAGGCCUGUGACUGAUGCCACACACAUGGGAGCAGGCUCUCCCUCAGGGGGCUAGGGCCCUUGGAUAUGACCCAUGAUAUAACGCUCUGCCUUUUGGAUUGUUCUUCUGUUCCCUGCUGCUAUCUAUACUUGCUACACCAUGGGUAGUGUGGGCAGUCUCCUAUCUGGGCAUGGGUUCAACCACAAACAAGGGAGAGGUUCCCAACAUCGUGGGAGAAAACCACCCCACCUGAAAAAGCUGAGCCGCUGCUCCGAUGGGAUUCUAAGGUUCGGCUUCUCCCAGGAGUCAGGGCAUGCCAAGGGUGGAGGAUCCAAGAUGGGGCGAAGUGAAGAUUUCUUCUACAUCAAAGUCAGUCAGAAAUCCCAUGUAGGUCCCAGGCAAGAGUACCAUGGAGCAGUGACAAACACAGAGCCAGAACCCCAGUCAAGUCAAGAGUACUCAGGUCCCCCAAAUAAAACAUGCAACCCACCAAGCAUGAUCCACUUUCCCAACCGUCUGGAACUGGAGAUGAAUGCCCUACGCCCAUCACCGCUGAAACCUGGAAUGCGCAGGAACUCAGCUGUCACAUGCUAUCCAGCUGCAGAGAGUGGACCCCAGCUAUCUCUCUAUUAUCGUUCAGAUCGUUCUCGGGAGGCUGAGAGUCGGGCUGGACACUGUAUUGGAGGCAUGUCUGAAUCAGGCAGAAACUCCAUGUCCAGCCUUCCCACCCACCCUAGUAAGCUGGGCACUGCAUGCCAGUUGGAUGCUCUUCUAAUGCCAACAGGACGCUUUGGGGGCAGCGCCCACAAUAUUACCCAGAGCUCGAGGAGCAACAUGCUCAGCCUCAGAGCUAUGUCCUUGUCAGAUGGUGGAAAUGCCAACAAGAUUCUUAGUGUGCCACCAAAACCAGGCUUAAGAUCUCCUCCAUCUUGUGAUGAUCUGGCAAGGGUUGAACCAGUUGAGAACAAAGAAGAAGGACACAGAGGAGGUAUCACUAGGUCCAGGCAGAGUUCUCAAAGGGGCCAGAGAGGUCAGCAUGUUCUGCAGAUUCAGGUAACACAGGAGAGGGAGUCUAAGGAGAGCAAGAUGCGGAGUUAUGAGAAAGAGAAAAAGAUGUCCAUGAGCCCAUCGAUGGAUGAGACACAAUGGGAGGCAUGCCAGAAGCCUGGGGAAAUUUCAUCCCUCCGUCAGCAGCUACGGGAUACCCAAGAAGAGUCAUCACUCCGUGCAAGUGAGAUUCUGAGUCUAAAGGCACAGCUCCGAGAAACAAAGGGUAGGGCAGAGGCUCAAGAGCAGAGAGCCAGAGAAACAGAGGAGAGGCUUCGCAUUAUGGAGGAGGAUAGGGAGGAAAGGGAGCAGGACCAAAGUGAGGCCGAGUUGGACACACUGCGGACCGAGCUAGAAGCCGAGCGGCAGAACAAUGAGCAGAUGACGGAUGUGUUCCAGCGGGAGCGCAAGAUAUGGCUGGAGGAGAAGGAGAAGGUCAUCCGUUAUCAACGUCAACUUCAGCAGAGCUACCUGCACAUGUUCCAGAGAUGCCAGGCUGUUGAGCAGAGGCUUCGAGCCCUGACUGGAGGAGAAGAUCUUGAUGAUGGGCCUAUGCUAACAUUGCCAGAUAUGGAGCUUACUUUUCAGGACAUACUAGCCACAGAGAUUUGACCAGAGAGAGAAAAAGGGAGGGUAAUUGUGAGGGUGAAUGAGUGAAAAACAGUGUGGACUGAUACUAGAGUGUGAGUGGGAAUACAUAUAACAUACAUUUUCCCAAAACAGUUGCUUCUUUUGCUCCUGCCGCCAGUUUGUGGUUGAAUUGGACCAAAUCACAUCUACGUAACAAAAUCAUGAGAUAUCUCAGACAGCUUAGUCAUUUUUCACCUGCCCAAUGACUUCAUCCAUUGCAAAACCAUCAUCAUAUGACGUAGACAAUUUUAUUUGCCGAGGGAAAUAGGAGUGUUCUGAUAUGUGGCAGACGAAAUGCCCCAAAUCGGCCCCAUGUACCAUUGGCCUUAGUAAUUAACCAAUAAUGAGUGAGUAGAAUGUGGAAAUGAUAUAUGGACUCAAAUUGAAUUCAAGCUCAGAUUUUUUGAUGUAAUUGAUAUUACGGACAAAUAACUGCAAUUCAAUGCAUUCAUAGCUGGUACAAUCCUCAUCAAAUAACAAACAGAACCAGCAGAGAAGCAACUGAUCUGGGAAAAUAUUCUUGAGUGGGUAUUGACUGUGUCAAAAAAUGCGUAUUGUGUGGUUCCUGUAUGUAUGUGUACAGUGUGCAUUCUGUGCAUUGUAUAUUGGUACGUGAGUAUACACACAGCCAGACUUGUGUGUAUACAGAAUCCUUUUUCUUACCCUACCUUGUGACAAUCUGUUUACUGAGCAUUCUGUGAAAAUCACCACAAUACCACAACCUGGUCCAUAUGUUGUGGAUUUUGUACCGCACGCAAUAACCGUGUGUUCUGUGCACCAUUCAGGACUGGAGGAUGCUGUAAGCACUGCGGCGGUGUUGCACAUGUCUAUCAGUGUAGGAUCCAAUGGUACGAUGCUUUGCCCGAGCCUGUUGGGCAUGGGUUAACAGAACAACACUGCUGCUCUCGUGGCAGGGAACAUGAUGCCUGAAUGAGACUGCCGGUGUCUGGCAGAGAGUUUAAUAGAAUGGCACUGCUGGUCUCUGGCAGCAUAUUCGUCCAUGCAGUGACAAUCCUAUUACUGGUAGAAGGAGCAAAAGCCUGUACAUGUUAUAAAUGCAGUAGUCAGGUGACCAUUUUGAUGCUAAGCCAUUGUCUUUGGGAGGACCCCCAAUACUUCCCACUUCCAGUUGUUGCUACUUUAGACUAGAGAUGAGUAUCUUUCAAUGAGGAAUGGAUCCUGCAGUGCGUGGGGCAGCCUGGAAGCUGCUAAUAAGGCUACACAAUUCUAAGAUUUGAUGUUUAUAUUCAUUUAAAUAAAGAAAUAUUCUGAAUAUCA